UAGCGCGCGCGCCGCGACUUUCCCUCGCGAUCGGCAGGGCAACAGCGACUCGCCAAUCUGGCGUACAGAUUGUCACUGGCGAUUACGAAAUUCGCGUUGCAGUGAAGUGAUAAGAUGGAGGAGCUUCUUGUGUGCGCGUUCGUCUCGUGAUGAUCUGAUUGCAAUGACUUUGAGUGGUACUUUGGGUGGUUGGGUAUGUGAUGAUGGAGGAGCUUCAGAUGAGGAAGAUGAGGAUGAUGGAUAAAGGAGCAGGCAAGAGCUAUGCGAGAAGAUAUACAACAUUGCCUGGAGUAUUCGUGUCAUCCAGUGUAUUGAAGACACUCGGUUUUGCUUUUGUGCUCGCUGCUGCCUGCGCAAUCGCGACGUGGCCAGGAGAGGGCUUCAUAGUAGCGAAGAAACACCCAAGGUACCGUCGAGCACAUGAUCACGAACUCACGACGGAGAUGGUACCGCGGAAACCGUACCAGAACUGACAUGAUCGAACGAUUGGACAUUGGAUACAGGACACCUGUUCAGUCU